AUGGAUCCCAUCCGGAGCUUCUACGGGAAACUGCGGUCGCUGGCCGUCACCCUGGACAGCGAGACGGCCCGGCUGCAACGGGCGCUGAACGGAGAGGAGAGCGACUUAGAAGAUUAUGCAAUGAAGACUUUAUGUGACCUGCAGUCAGAAGUCCGGACUCUAAAGGAUGAUGUUAAUAUUCUUCUUCACAAAGCAAGCUUGCAAAGUCAAGAAAGCACUGAUUUCUUGAAGGCAACCAAAGUACUGAUGAAAAGAAAUUCAGUGGAUAUUAUAAAAAUAAGAGAAUUUUUCCAGAAGUAUGGAUACAGUCCACGGGCCGAGGAAAAUUCAGUGCCUGAGCAUGAAAUCAUUAAACCAAAAUUGGCUACCUGUGAGAUGCAAGCACCUGAUGGAAAGUGUGAUGUGUCAGAGAAUCCUGUUGUAAGCAGUUCUGUCUCUGAGGUCCCUCCACGCAGUCCACAGCUUUCAGACUUUGGGCUUGAGCGGUACAUGAUAGCCCAAGUUGUGCCCAAUCCACGAGAAAUAAAUAACCGUAAGGAAGAGCCAGUCAUUUUAACCCCACCCACCAAACCAUCGCCAACAAAAACACUAAAGACUCCUAAGUGUGCGCUAAAGAUGGAUGAUUUUGAGUGCAUGACUCCUAAAUUAGAGCACUUCGGUAUCUCUGAGUACACGUAUUUAAAUGAAGACUACACAAUGGGGCUUAAAGGUAGUAAAAGUGGAGAAGCUGUGGAAUCAGAACCAACAGCCAGUGAUGGCUUCUUCGCCUCCCCUGGCCUCAUGACCCAGCAAUUGGGAAAAAAUGAUGCUGCGUGUACAAAUUCACCCUUGGCACCAACGUUCUGCACCCCUGGCUUGAAGAUCCCUUCUACAAUUGACAGUACAGCUUUGAUACCCACGUAUCAUCCAUUACUACAAACAAAGAGUUCAACGAAUGAUUUAGACAGAAAAGAUUGUCCUUCAGUAGCUCUCAGUUCACAAGAAUGCUUUGAAAACCUAGUGGAUCCCUCUUCUCCUAAGAUUUCUUCCUACGAGAAUCUGCUCAGAACACCUACACCCCCAGAAGUGACGACCAUUCCAGAAGAUGUUCUCCAGAUUUUGUCAAAAUACAACUCAAAUCUGGCUACUCCAGUAGCCAUUAAAGCAGUGCCGACCCGAAAAGUCUGUGUCACUAAACAUGAAGGACAGAACACUCAAGAUGUUUGCAACAAGGAAAACGGAGGAAGAUAUAACAUGUUUGAUCCUUGUAUAUCAGACUCCCAAUUUAUCAGUUCCAUGACCUUCUGA